CAAUCUAAGGCAAGAGAUUACAGGUGGAUACGGACAGGGCAGCACAAGGAAACAAGGCAUGAUGGCCUGCAGCUGUCCCUGCCCAGCUGUCAGGCAGCCAAUGAGCACAGCUGGGCCACAGCAGAACCACCGGACUGGCUAAGGAGAUCCCCUGGCUGGCUCUUAAGCCCAGCAGCUGUGGAGGCUCAGUGCAUAUGUCUGUGGGUUCUUUGCCUGCCCUGUACUCACCUUACUCCAAGCCUGCUCCAGCUUAGACCCUGCCCUCAUUCCUGCUGGGUCCCAGCCCUGCUCCUGACUCCAGGAUCGCGGAGGCUGGCGCCGUUCAGCAAGAGAGGCUGCAGGCCAUAGCGGAGAAGAGGAAACGUCAGAUCGAGAUCGAAAAUAAAAGGCGGCAGCUGGAAGACGACAGGCGCCAGUUACAGCACCUAAAGUCCAAGGCUCUGAGGGAGAGGUGGCUGCUGGAAGGAGCCCCGUCGUCCGCCUCCGAGGAAGACGAGGCCAUGAAGAAGCAGAUGCAGGAAGACAAAGUGAAGACCAAGGAGCUGGAAGAAACCAUCCAGAGGUUAGAGAGGGAGCUGGAGAUUCUGGAGAACGGGGACUCGGCGCCUUCCGCCAAGAAGCUGGGGAAGGAGGUGCCAGCAAAGGAGGAGAAAGCAGCAAACGCACAGAAGACUCCGCUGGGCACAGCUAAAGCGGAGCAGAAGAUCUGCAACAGCCCCAUGAAGUCGGUGGAGGGCACUGACAUGAUGAAGGCAGCCAUGUACUCAGUGGAGAUCACAGUGGAGAAGGACAGAGUAACUGGCGAGACCAAAGUCCUAUCCAGCACCACCCUGCUCCCCAAGAAUCAUUGCCUGCAGGGGGUCAAGGUGUACGAGGAUGAGAUGAAAGUGGUGCACGCGGUCCACAUGGAGGACGGAGCCAUCGAGAACGGGGUGCACCCUCUCAGCUCCUCCGAGGUGGACGAGCUGAUCCACAAGGCAGAUGAGGCGAACCUGAGCGAGGUCUCCCAGAGGGACUUGAAGACCAAGGAGCGCGAAGAGGCCAAGAAGGGGGGUCCCGGGAGCAGCCUGCCCAGCCAGAAGACCACUCCCCGGAAGGAGAUCACGGGGGUGCAAGCCAAGCCAGUGGACAGCCCAAGAAUCCUGGCCUCCGGCGACGGGGCGGAGCCUAGCAAAGAGCAGCCGGUUACCAUGAUCUUCAUGGGCUACCAGAACGUGGAGGACGAGGACGAGACCAAAAAGGUGCUGGGCCUGGGGGGCACCAUCAAGGCCGAGCUGGUGGUGAUCGAAGAUGCCGACAACAAGCCAGCGGCGGCCGGAGCGGCAGAUUGCACGGGCAAGGACCACGCCCCGCCCAACGGCAGCACCGUGGAGCCCGUGGCCGCCCUGCCGCAGAAGGAAGACGGCCAGGUCGGGGAGACGCCAGGAACCAACGACACGGAUCCCAAGGGGGCCGAUCAGGACCUAGACAUGAAGAAACAGCGUUGCAAAUGCUGCACGGUGAUGUGAAACGUCUGCCGGCUCCAUUGUACAGCCAAAAAGGACUGCCCCCCCCACACCUUCUGUUACCCCAUCCCUCAUAGUUCCCUAGGUUCCACCCACAAACUCCAAGUGACACAGGAUUUUAUUUACCUACCAGACACAACUUCUUUUUCUUAAGAGACUGGGGAAACAAAUGCAGUGUUUGUAAAGUGUAUAAUAGGCAGCACCAUCUCCCGGCCGCGGCAUCGCUCGUCUGACGUCCGCUUCCAUGCAAUACGCCACCGGCGCUGAAUAUUAUAUUUAUUAUACACGCUUAUUUUUUCCCCCUGCCUUUGUCUCUCCCCCACCCGCUCCCCUGUGCCAUGGUGGGGUCUCUCAGAGAUCCUCAGCCCACCGGGGAUGGCCAUCACCAACUCUCCCGCCUGUAGGACUCCCUUUUUUUUUAUUUUACCAAUGGCUUUCCCCCUCGUUAAAUGGCACCCUCCUCUGUUAUCCAAAGGAUGCCGGAGCUCAUCUCACUGAUGCGGGGCUCAGGAGAGGGUCAUAGGUCUAAGAAGCCUCCUUAGAUGGUUCUUCAAGAACUGGCUGUUGUUAGGACUUUUUUUUCCGGCCUUCUGGAAGGGGAAGGAGGGAGGCCACCUACGUCCCAGCACUUUCUCCAUAUGCCCUGGCGUCAACGGGCCACGGUUUAGAAACACUCCGGCCACCUGCUCCAGCAAGACAGAAGCUCCUAUAUCAUCUUGAAGAGGCCACAGCCCAGCCUGCCUGUCCAGCGGCAGCUUAACUAUCCCCCUCACCCCGGGUUCGUUCCGAUGACAGGUCUGGGGAAACCCAACAAGGCACAGACACAGCGCCCCAGACCACAGCUCCACAAGAAGUUUGAAGCAGAGGUUUCGGCCGGCACGUGAGCUGCUGGGCCGAACUUAAAUUUGGCCUGAUCUUGCUGCUUAGAGUUUUUAAGCACUGACCCGAGCCUUCAAACCAGCCGCAAGAGGGACUGUUUCUGCGGCAAAAGGGAAAGGACACUCUCCGGGGAGGAGACCUCUGCAAACGCGUGUGACGUACCGACACAGCUUGGCCAAGGUCCGUGGGGGUGGGCUGGGAGAUGGACCUGCUGUUUCAACACCUAAAGUUGAUCGUUCCUGUGGUGCCAGGGGCAACUCUCGGUUCCAGAAAAAAUGCAGCGGUGUAAAAAAUAAACAGGUCCCUGCUGGAUUUCCAGGCAGCAGAAUCGGUCAUUCCGGAGUCACUCCUCCUCUGAAGGAACUUCUCAGUCCGGCACUCACAAUGGUGACCACAAGCCUUAAGGUACUUUAUUGACCCCGCUGGUUUGAAUGCCGGAACCGGGGCCUAUCAGCUCCCACACCCCUGUGAUGUCAUGUCCUCUGCUGGUUUCUACAGAAGAGCGGCUCCUUCAUUUCUUAGCUGGCUUUUCUGUGCUGGAAUGCCAAGGCCGUGACGGGGCGAGGUGGUUGGAAGGACAUUGACUGCGUCUCCCCUUGCAUGAACGUUUCCCUUGUCGACACCGUGCCGGUAAGGAUAUCGGCCACUGAGCUGUUGACCGAGAUGCUCCCAGCACUGGACGGUGGGUGAAACUGGCAGAGGUUGGCCCAAGUCUCGGCCAGCGGGAGACGGGACUGCUUGUUGGGAGUUCUGGAGGGUUGUUCUGGACAUGUCCAUGGUCAUUAAACCGUGGAGCCCUGGUUAGCCACAGGUAGGGCCCUCGUCCCCUGUCAGUACCUCCACCCACUCAGCACCGGCAGCCCCAUAGCAUCAAUGCUGUCGCCUUUCCAGUCCAGGGCAGCCCUCCCCCGCAACAUGCUCGUCUGGACAAAGUCUGAGCCCUCCAAUCCCUGGGCAUGUCCUAUUGCUGCAUGGGUGCAUGGGGCAUUAUGAUUCGCCUUUGGCAUCACCUAGUGGCAUUGAUGGGUCCCCUCGAGUCAGUUGCUUAUUCAGCAUAUUUGGCCCUGGCAAAGCAAAACGGUUUUCACUUUGGGGCCAAGGAGCCCAGCAAGGGACCCGACAAAUGGCUCUGAAGGGGGGCAGAGUUUGGCAGCUGCCUCAAUUGCUUGAAGACACCCCUAAACCAGGCCCCAGUCCUGCCCUCCUUGAAACCUAUGCAGGCCUGCUGACCCCAAUGGGGUUGCACCGGCUGUUCCUGAAAGCAGAAUUCCCCCUUCCCCCAAGUAAAGAGAUGGGGCUGGAUUCGACUCUCGGCUACCCGCUGACUGGUGUGGGUCCGCCCCAGAGCUUGGGGGCUCCUCUGGGGGGUCCCUCACAGAGGUAUCCGCCCUCAGAAUAUCUCUGUUCUUUAACUGGGUCCUGCUGAAGGAGGGCACCUGGUUUUGAAAGCAGCGAAGUGAGUGGGGAUGCUUUGCGCGGCUCAGAGCAGGAGCAACUUUCGUUCUUUUGCUGCUCCUGGUUCGAGUCUGUAGCUGGCCACUGGGCCUCAGCCACCGCCCGGGAGCUUCUGAUUCUUAGCCGGGCUGACGUCCGUUCUCGGGAACACCUCGCGAGGGAGCUCCUCAGAACGGAUGCCUCCCUGAUCCCUACUCGCUUUCCUUGCACCCACUCUCCCUGCAGCGUAGCGCUGUGGGCGUGGCGCGACCAGCCCCUCGCUCCCCUGAUCACGCCCGACGAAUUGCAGGCCAGACCCCAGCUGGUGUAAACUGCCAGAGCUCCGUCGACUGCAGGGGGGCGACGCCGGCUCACUGACACCAGCUGAGGAUCUGCAGCUGAGCAUGACCCGGGAGGCAGUUCUGCUCCGCCACAGCCAGAUUCGCAAGGAUGGUGCAAGUCCCCCAAAGGCAGCUUGUUGGCUCGCUGCGUUCGGGCCCCCAUCCGAGUGGGGCGGCCCUUUAGGGAAGGCAAUGGGAGUACAGGGUAAACCCCGUCCAGCAGGACAAAUCAAUCAAUGGGCCAUGACCCAGGGGUGCCACUAGAAUGCAGGCUCGGUGCUAGUGGUGAGACUUCCCAGCUAGACAGACCAAGCUACUGGGUGUGGGUCUCGGGUCUCCUUUGCUGUGGCAGGGGCUGAAACAGGACGAGCUGCAGGGUUAGUGACAGGACUAGAGAUUUCAGCUCGUGUACCACUCACUGUGCAAGGAAAAGCUGGGGCUCAGUUAGUGUUUGGUUCGGGACGGCAGAGUCAGGGAUGCCUUGGAGCUGGAUCAUUUAUCUGCAGUGAAUCAUUUAUCGAGCUGACUUGAGACCUUUUUCCCACGCGCCCCAGAUAGACUUUAUUACAGAUUUGCUCGUUACUGGAAACGGUUCGACGAACGCUCAGUGAAAACGCUCCGGGAACUUGGCAUUAGGCAGGGCGUCAGGUUGCGGGCCGGAGUCUCUGCUCUCCAGCGGGAUUGUUGAAAUUUGUUACAAGCGGGGACGAGGGAAGGGAUUUGAGGAGGUGCUCCUGGGAACGCUUCCUGCACGGAGCACACGUUUGCACGCGCGUGAGCGAGCCGUGAGCUUCCCAGGAACGUUCUUGCAGGCAGACAAACGCAAAAGCUUUUGGGCGUGUUUGCGGAAAUCACGCCAAACGCCCUCAAGGUCAAGUUGGGGCCAGCUCCCCAUCUCGAGUAAGUCAGCCCAGUUCCAUUGACUCCAGUGGAUUUACACCUUCGGAGGGCCCGGCCCUGGGAGGUGAUGAAUGCUUUUUAUUUGUUGGAAAUGUUCGCCCGGCUCUAGACACUAUGGGGCCAGAUCCUCACCUGGUGUAAGUGGGAAGCCAAUGGCAUUAUGCCAGUUUAUGCCACCUGUGUGGUGCAUCAGUGCCAUGGCCGCCAUCUUUACAGCAGGUCGGUCAGUUAAUGGGGAGGUGAUAAAGUGUGGGGAGGGGGCUCUGGGCUCCCUUGGUUUUCACCCUGUUCUCUCACAUCAUCCUUAGAGGCUGAUCUCACCCAGGUGUUGCCCACUGGCAACAGCAUCUUCUGCCCGGGCGUGAAGGGGGACGUCAGCCUGGCUUCUCUGUGAUGUGAAAAUUACCACUGGGCAAGAUUAACAGCACGUGCCCUGUAGGCUUAACUGGACUCAGCAGGUGCCAAGGCUACUUGCUGUCUCUCUGCAGAGGGGUAAAUUUCACCCUAAUGUGAUGGCUCAAGGAUUAACCAAAGAUCAGGCCCGUGACUGCACGUAAUGGUCUCCCCUCCCCCCACGGUUUGUGUAGCAUUCGCCGUUAGAGCGUUUCCCCUGCUGUGCAGCUUGAUAGGUUCCCGUGCUCGGUGUCGCCCCAUGGCUGCUCCCUGCCGCACCCAGCUGUGGUUUUCGCACCCUUCCACGACGUGUCGGCGGUUCUCAUCCCUGGCGUUCGUCCUUGUCCGGUCAGUCGUCCGGAGAGGACUCGGGCUCGUGGCAAAGCUCCUGGAGCACAACACACGUAGCAGCCUGCGUGCCCAUGGGAACAGACCCACCCGGGGCCGUGCCCAUGGGAACAGACCCACCCGGGGCCGUGCCCAUGGGAACAGACCCACCCGGGGCCGUGCCCUUUCUUCCUCCUAGCUCCGCUGACUUUAAGAGGGGCCCAGAGGGAGGCAGCAGUGAAGUUAGCCCCCAAAUAGAAACCAAGAGGUUAAAAAGUAUGUGCCCACGCACUCGCACACACGCGCACACACAGAGACAUCACGACCUGACGCCUGGAUCAACAGGGACUCCAUUUUACAAUCAAAUUGUUCCUGCCCCUUCUAGGCGCCGAUCCAGCAAAGCACUAAAGCCCGGGUGUAACUCUGCGCAUGUUCUUUGCUGGACCAGGGAUCCGUCCUCCGUCUGCACCCGGUUCCAUUUCCAGUCUCCUCACGUUCCCGUUCAAAGAUUCUCGGAGCGGUGGGAGGGCCGGGUCCAGAGAAGCAGAUCCCGGUUAGUCACUUGCUUUUUCCCCACUAGGCUGCCUGGUUCCCUUCGGCCUGUGACAAUCAUUUCUCCAGGGGCAGAUGGAGGCUGACGCUUUCCUCUCAGUGCUCAGCCUCCGACCCUUGGCCUUCGAACGCAGCAGCAUCACAGCUGCUUCGCCCCUGGGAUUGGGGUACAGACUAGCUUCCCCUUGUGAUCCCUGAAAGAGGCACCCGGCUCCCCAGCAUUGGGUUUGGCGCAAUCCAGGAGGGACCCGGGCAAAGCUUCACCUGGAGCCGAUUCCACCACCCCUCAAUUAUUUCAUUUAACCAACGGUCUUAGCCCACAGGGCUGAGAUCUUUGCUGAAGAAUAACCGUAUGGACCCUGGGGCUUUCUGUGUAAUCAUGUCUGUUCUCGAGGGGGGUGGCGGGGCGGUGUGAGAGUGACCCAGCUGUACAAAGAGUGACGUUGCCUGCCCGGCUGCCCUUGCCAGGUGCAUGUUGUCCUCCUGUAGCCCUUCCUUGGUCCUGUCCCAGCCUGGGGUGGGGCCAGGCUGCAUCCCCUCCUCCAUGGCAGGUGGCUGUCGAGAAUCAGCCGGCUUUGUGCCACCUCCUGGGCGGGGAUCUGGCUCCUAGGGCUCCACAGAUCCGGCCCUGGGAGCCCUUGCUGGUCUGGGGGCAGCCCUGCCCCCCAGUCCACACACGGGGCAGAUGGGGAGUUACGCUACGGGGGAGACCUCCCCCACGUUCCAGUCUUAAACCAGACACCAGCCUAUGAGUCUGCUCCUGAUGGGCUUUCCGCUGCUGCUGUUAAUGGGGCUCAGGAUCGGGCCCUUGAUUUCUCAGCUGGAUCAGGGUUGGGGGGGCUUGAGGGGGAGAGAGCAGGCGCCCAGCACAUUCCGAACGGGAGACUGGUCUGCAGCCCCCUCCUCUAGCCCCUUCCCCCCACAUCUGCCUGGCCCCUUCCCAGCCGCUGUGUGUCCAGGGCGGUCCCUCUGUGAGUCCCCCCCCCAGUCCUCCCCGCCCCCCACUGCGUGACUCGGCUGAAGUGCACUUCCCGUGCUCCUGUGCUUUUUAAUUGUGACGAGCCGUUUGAAGUUACAGCCCCCGUUGUUUGUAAUACACCCGAACUAAGCCAAUAAACUGUGUGACUAAUCCGACGGCUGCC